AUGGCCAAUAUUGAGAAGGAUAUGGGCGUCGCUAUGAACCCAAUCAGCACGGCAACCCAUGGCAAAGCCGUACAGGCGGUCGAGAUCGAAAGAGUAACCUCACCAGACGAGCUCAAGAAAGACCAUCAAGAUUACGCCAGACUGGACGCAGAAGUGGCCAAAUAUGCCAACGCUCAGCGGAUCAAGAUCUCAAUCUCCGAGAACAAGCGACUGCGAGGCAUGAUCAACAGAAGAGUCCUCGUUGUCAUGGGACGCAAGAUCCACCCAGCAGAUGUCUUCACGUACUUCUUGCAGGCUUUAGAUAAAGGGACGAUGUCUUUCGCCAGUAUAAUGAACAUUCGACAGGAUCUUCAUCUGCUGAAUGGUCAGAAGUAUUCAUGGCUCACGACCUGCAUCUACAUCGCCAUUCUCAUCGUGGAGUACCCUAUCAAUCGCCUGAUCGCUAGACUGCCCAUUGCGAAGAUGCUGGGCACAGCUGUCAUCCUCUGGGGUACCACACUGGCUCUACACGCCGUUUGUAAGGACUUCGCUGGCUUGGUCACGGUGAGGACACUACUAGGUAUCUUCGAAGCCGUUUGCCAGCCAUCGUUCGUGGUGCUCUCGUCCAUGUGGUACAAGCGGUCUGAGCAGCUGCUGAUCGUGUCGUUGUGGUACUGCAUGAACGGUAUGCAGCAAAUCGUCGGAGGUCUCCUGGCCUACUGCUUCACACUCAUCCAGCACGGCCCAUUGAAGUCCUGGCAGGCCAUCUUCAUCACCUAUGGCUGCUUCUCAGUGCUCUGGGGUUGCUUCGUGCUAUGGUGGAUGCCUGACUCGCCUAUGCGAGCGAAGUGCUUCUCGGAAGAGGACAAGCAUCUCAUGGUCGAGCGAGUACGAUCGAACCAGACCGGCCUGCAGAACAAGCAUUUCCGUCCUGAACAGGUCAAAGAGGCAUUGAUGGAUCCACAGAUCUGGUGUUACUGCUUGAUCCAGAUCUCCACCACUCUGCCAACGAGUGGCCUCGGAGCUUUCUAUGCUAUCAUAAUCAAAGAUUUCGGGUUCACUACGCUUCAGACCCAGCUCCUUGCCAUGGUACUCGGCGUCUACAUCAUCAUCGUUCUCUUCAGCUCCACCUGGCUUGUCCGAAAGACCGGGCAGAACAUUCUUAUCAUGGCGGUAUAUGUGCUGCCGUCGAUCAUCGGCACGGUCGUCCUGCUCACUGUCGCCAACACGUCCAAGGCCACGAAAGCCGGUCUACUGGCCGCCCAGACCUUAGGCAUGAGCAUGCUGAGUCGUAACGUAGCUGGACAGACGAAGAAGUCUGUGGCGGUAGCUGCCAACUUCGUGGCGUGGGCGACUGGGAAUGCUAUUGGUCCACAAGUCUUCCUGACAUGGAAUGCGCCGCGAUACUUCAUAGCCUUCUCCACGCACAUGGGAUGUUAUGCGCUUCUCCUGGUCGUCCUGGCUGUGCUGCGCUGGCACCUAAAACAUCAGAACGAUAAACGUGAUGCUAUCGCUGCUGCUGGUGUCGAGCAAGCGAAAGACGAGCGCUACCUGCAUGCUUUCGAGGAUCUCACGGACAUGCAGAAUGUCAACUUCCGGUAUAUGUAUUGA